AUGGGACCAGCGAAAGGCCAACACAAGGCCCCGUUCCGCCUGGUUGGAAAUUGCAAGGGUUUAGAGCCAUUGGAGCUGACGCCUGAGCAAGAAGGGCAGAUGCGGGAUGGCACCACCCAAGUCCAGCCUCGCAGGCAGUUGAUGAGGUGGUAUUUUGAGCAGAAGUUGGGAGUCUCGCAGCGCAGAAUGGAUAAUGCCUGGAUGCGCGCAACCAAGGCAUUCUGGCUCCAGCUGCUCAACAAAGGGCAUACUCGCGUCUCAAGAGACUCGAUGCUCGGUGGAAUUGACGCGUUAGUUUGGUUUUCGAUUGCGAGGGUUUUCGCGCCGGACAGUCCUCUCUACCCAGAAUACCCGUUUGGCAAGCACCCCGUCCACGACGAAAACGCUCCAAUGUCGCAAGAGUUUGACCGAAUGCGAAGGAAACUGGCCGUUUCGCUUGCUCUCUUUGGUAGCCGUACCCGCGCUCCUCCGGCCGUUCCCAGAGACUUGACAUUUGAAGACUUCAAGACUUGGAUUGUAAAGGAUGGUUUGUGGGGGAUCGUUACCAUCUACGCCACGAACGAGUACAGUAACCCGCUCCCUCCGCCAUUUCAAAGGCCCCAGACAUUUGCGUCGGCAACUGCUGCGAGCACUGGACAUAUCGCGACGGAAACCGUUACGACUGUUAAUGCCAACACUGGUACGACUUUGUUUUCGUUUGGGAACCAGAACUUCACCACCGUGCCCAAAUACAAGCCACGAAAGGGUUGCUCUGAGAAGGUCAAGGCGCUGUGGGAAGAUUCUGCGUCUUUUGGAUGGGCCAGAUGCCCCAGCGCGUUGCUUCCAGGACCUUUUCAGGUCAUUGUGCCUCAUGUACCAGAGCUAUUUCAGCUUCCUCAGAGUCAUGAAGUCAUCCGUUGUAUCCCUCAGAGCCGUGCUAUCGUACGGCGUCAGCAUUAUACACGAUUUUCCCACGUCAAUGGUCUAACGGUGGUGCACAAAUACGCCAUCGGCCCAGAUCUUGAUGAUGGGGAUAUCCGCGACAUUGACCAACAGACUGCAGACGACAUGAAAGGUCUUUGGCGGAUUACACUCAACUGGGCCUUGGCCGUAUGGUCUGGAAACAUGAUUCGGCUCGAGGAAUGGUUAGAAAUGGCCAGACAAAAUGUCUAUCCACCGAUGAAGGGUCAUGACUCCGCAUUAGUGAUCUACAUGGACCUCAUCGAGGCGUCGCACAGGCACAAUCUGGACACUCUAGAUGAGCUGAUCAAACGUACCAACUCCAUCAAGACGCUAUUCGGGCCUAGUGAAAGGUCAAGGGAGACUCUACGCGGAGAAGUAGCCAAGAUUCAGCAAAACAAGCAGCGCUCUUACACCGAUCGCGUGAAUGACAUGGCCGAACUGGUUUUCAAGGACCAAGGUCGCCUUCCGAGACUUGGCACGAACUCGCCCUUUGAGCAGCACCUUCUGACUGCAAUGUGGGCGAUCUCACAGAGCAACAGGGAGAGUGCGGCUGGUAGCAGCGUCAGCGACGAAAAAGAUAUGUGGCCUACUGUUCUUAGAGUCAGCAAAGUCGUGUUAAAGCGCAUCGUCAAUGAGAAUAUCCGGAAGCCAAAGACCGAUCCAGAUGUCGAGCCAGAGGCCAAUCCUGAGACAUCUGCCAGGCCUGGCGCGGCUGCGCCCCCGGUAUUCUCUUUUUGGGCUAAUACACAUCUGCCUUCAAAGAAGUAA